AUGACAUUGCCUCAUUCACCCAUCACUUGUGAAUAUAUGCUUUCUGUAGCUGUCAUUCCUCAGAAAAUGAGUUUGAGCCACAGGGAGAACAUGCCUUCUCAAGGAGCACAGAGGUCAUCCUGGAAGCUGUGGCUCUGCUCAAUGGGAGCUAUACUGCUAUUCCUCGGCUCCUUCAGUAUGCUAAUCUUUACUUUUCUCCCACUUAAGGUUGCUAAGGAACCCUGUGUAGCUAAGUUUGGACCUUUACCCUCAAAAUGGCAAAUUGUAUCUCCUGAUCCUCCCUGUGUGAAUGAAACAUCUGACUGGAAGCUGAAGAUACUUCAGAAGGGCUUAUAUUUAAUUUACGGCCAAGUGGCUCCCAAUGUAACCUAUAAAGGACCGGCUCCUUUUGAGGUGCAGCUACGUAGAAACAAUGACAUCAUACAAACUCUAACAAACAACUCUAAAAUCCAAAAUGUAGGUGGGACUUACGAACUGUUCACUGGAGAUAUAAUAGAAUUGUUAUUCAACUGGGAACAUCAGGUUCUAAAAAAUAAUACAUACUGGGGGAUCAUUUUAUUGGCAAAUCCCCAGUUCCUCUCUUAGAGUCUUGAUUUGGUCGCACACUCUUCAGCACAUCCAGAGAUAUGAGUGUGUGGGUUGAAGGGGGCAGAUUUUUAAUACUUGGAGUUUGUCUGGAUACCCAAGUAAACACAAAUAGAACUCCUCUGUGUGUGAAUUUUCAUCUCAUGUUUAUCAGAAAGAGACUCAGAAGAAAUGCCAAAGACUUUGAUUUACUCUUGAUGUUGGCUCUACAAAGAUACUUCACUAAUCCAUGAAAAAAUGAAUGUGGUGGCAGAAGACAGAAGCCUUUCCAAGAAUCUCUGUGUAGUAAUUGGAUCCUUAGAAAAAUGACAUUCUAUUUCCAUUGGAGAUUUUUCUGAUUUGUGAAAAGGAUCCAGGGCAGUAGCCUAGCCUUGUUCUCAUAUUCUUGGAUUGCUUUACUUCAUUAUUGUCAUAUUCACAUCUUUUGAUAUCCUUCUGAUAAAAAGUAGUUUGAUUAAUAGACUGGCCACAAAUAGGACAACACUCAACUUUAAAUGUGGUGAUGUCAGAGGGUAGAGAACACUGAAAACUACUGGCACAGAGGUGAAGAUGGCAUGAAGUGGAAUGCACUUUAUUUGGGAAUUUCCCUUGGUUUCAUCAUACUCAGGAUGCAGGGUGCUUUAUAAAACCAAUUGGUCAGGCAGGCCAGUGGCAAAGUGGUUAAGAUAACUGGAUCACACAUACUUAUCAUGGUUUGAAUCCAGCCACGGUGGUUUAAAAAACAUGCUAGGCACAUGUUUGUGUGUG